AUGAGAGAAAGAUUCUCCCACGAAAUCGAAAACGAUCCUGAACCAGACGAUGCUGGCACAAUCACAAUCACAGCAACGAUCUUGGAUGAAUAUAGUAACCUGACAACCACGACUCAGUCGCUUGCCAAAGACUUUUUCGACGUUGACGAGUGUCAAAGCAAACAAGAAUUAAAUUACUUCUUGCUUGAAGCCGGAAUCAACGAAGAUGAUAUUGAAGAUGCGUUGAUGAACCUAAUUGGCUAUGUUGAGAGCGUAACUUGUCCCGCAAGUACCGAUUAUUCUCCUGGAUGUGCUUUGAAGGUUCGGUUUGAUUUUAUUCCUGGUUAUCUCGAUGAUGACGACUCUCUGUCUCAGAUUGAACAAGUGGCUCAAGCCUCGUUCGAUCAUGAGACCAGUAACAUCCGAACUCGACCCGCUAGCAAGCUCGUGGUCAAAUCCCUAACCAGGAGGAUAUACAAGAAGAAGAUUGAAAAGGACAAAGCGAACAAGAGGAUUAGCCUGCAAGAGUGCACGAUUUGCUUGCAAGAUUUUACCAACGGAGGAAGAGUUGUGACUUUACCUUGUGGACAUGACUUUGACGAUGAGUGUAUCGUAAAGUGGUUUGAGACGAGUCAUGUUUGUCCAUUGUGUCGUUUCGAGUUGCCGUGUGAAGACCAAUGA